AUAAAAAUUAUGGAGGAAAUUAGUGAGGAUAAAACCAAGCUUAUACUUCAUUGCCUUCAUAUAAUACUUAAUAAAUACUUUGAUACAACUGAACAGUUGCUGUUGGUGAAUUUUCUGAAGAGAAAAAAAGUAAUUUCAAAAGGUCAAGCCAAGAAAGUAAAAGAGGAGAUCAAGAAAAAUGAAUAUGGAGAAGAAAUAUCAAAGCUUAUCGAUUUUUUGGAAACAGGAAAAUUUCUCCCUGAGUUGGAAAAAUUACUGGAAUGUGAAGAUUUUCCUGUGGAUAGCAACACAAAAAUGUUGUUAACUCACAUCAUAACUCAUAAAAAUGAAGAUUUGUUGCAUUGCUUCAAUAAUUGGCAUCAAUUGCAUCAAUUACGAGACACUUUAAAGGAGCUCAAUUUAUCUACGGAGGGUGAUGAAGAGUUUAGAAAACAACUAGUGUUUGCAGCUUUGCAUGAAAUCGCUGAGAAUAAAGAACAGAAAACUGUCUUACAGGCUGUACAUGAUAUGCCAAACUUUCAAGUCGAUUUAGAUUCAACAAAAAAACGAGCUAGUCUGAAGAGACAUGCAGAAUCUUCAGGAAUUCAAACGAAACCUAGUGCAAGCCAGAAUAGUCUUCAAACCAAGAUUGGUAGUAACUUGGACCAAUGUAAUGAACCAUCUACUGUGAAGAGAUCUAGAAUAACCUUUGAUAUCAAAAGUAAGAAUUUGAAGAGAUCAAAAAAAAAAGAUGAGACUAUUUUGGAUUCUAAAAGGCCAAGAUCUAAGGAAGUUGGGACGGAAGAAAAGAGUGUCGAAAGAGAUCAAGAAAAUCAGAAAACAAAUCAGAAAUUGAAUGAAUAUAUGCAGACAAGAAAAAAGAGAAAACAAUCUAAAAAGUUGGAUGAAUUAAAAACUCGUGAAGGAACUCCAUCUAAUGUGGAAGGAAGAAAAGAAAAUAAAGAGCAAAAGAAUCAGAAUACAGAAAAUAUUGGGUCUACAGAAGUUGCAAAUAAUCAGAACCUGAGUCUGAGUGAUAAAAUGGAGAAAACUUCCACCAAAAAACAACAUUUAGAUGGAAAAACAAUUUUAGAAUCCAGACAAGACACCAUGCAUGAAAAUUCGCAAAUGAAGGAUGACAGGAUGGCUGAUGUCAAUCCGAAACAAUAUGUAUCAGAUGAUUCUAAUUCUGUUACUGACCACAUUCAGUUGCGAACUGUAUUUCAUUCAACUGUAUCUGAUCAAAAGAAUAAAGCAAUGUGUGUUGCAACAAACUAUUUCGGAGAAUGGGACCUCUAUGAAAUGUUGUAUAAUAAAAGCAAGGGAUACUUUUCCUUUGAUGUUCCAUGUUUGGAAAAUCGUUAUGAGAUUUUGUAUAAAUUCUUGUAUGUGGAUAAUGCUGGAGGUAAAAAACAUUGGGAGAUACUACCAGGGUAUUGGGACCACAACAGAUGCUCCAAAUUGAAGAAAGGAAAAAUUGUGCUGAAUGUUAGUGCAUUUUCAUAUCCACAACAUAACCAAUGGAAUGAUUACUGGUGUGAUGGAUUGAAGAAGUUUCUUCCAGAUGUAGAUUCUGAUAGCUUUGAAACAGAGCUUUCUGUGUGGCUUGAUACUGUACAAUCUGGUUGGUUUUUGGAAAGUUGGGGUCAUUAUUAUGCCUAUUCAAACCUUAAACCAAAACCACAAGUAUUUGAAAAAUUGCUAUCCUCCUGGACUAAGUCCUUUGACAAGUUAUCUUCAAAAGUUAAUGCUUUUAACCGUAUACUAGUGGUACUGAAGGUAAUUGUUGCCUUACAUCAAGCGAAUCAUAAAAUUCAAACACAGGAUCUUCUAAUUACUUUGUUUGCAUCAUUGCAAUCAGGUGGAUUAGAUGAAAGUGAUCUAGAAGGACUCCACAGUAAUAUAUCAAAAGCAGAUACCUCAUGCAGUUUUCGUUUAUCAUACAUCAUUGCAUCUAUGCAUGAAAUGUUCAAGCAGCUUGUAGAGUAUCCAUCAACUGAUUGGUUAUUGACUUUACCACUAUAUUGGAAAUUUGUGAAUGGGAAUUCAAAUGUAAAAAACAAACAACUUUCAUGUUUGUGCGCAUUGCCUAUAUUACGAAAGUUUAAUUGGAUGAACGUAUGGAAGAAACUUUGUCAACUUGAGAUGCAAAAGUCACUGAAGGCAAUGAUUCCAGAUAUCAUAAACAUAUCAACAACAGAACCAUGGAUUAUAGGCAGUUUUGCUUUUAUGCUCCAGACAGAAGUAAUGCUGCAGCUAAUAGCAGAUACUAAUCAAAAGGCUGUUUCAGAUUCUUUUCCUAUUGAUGUUGUGUUGAAUCGGUGCUUGGACAUGUAUUCAAAAAAGGAUAUAAAACUUGAGGAGUACUCUUUUACAAACUAUGUGAUACAGAGAAUUCAAAAACUGACCAAGCUGAACGAUGAUCAAAAGUUUUCUGAAAAUUUGCAAUUUGCAAACCCAAGAAAUGAACUAGCAAGAGCUUUACAACAUAUUGUGCAGUUUGUAUCAAAUAAGAUGCCAUAUACUAAAAAAUAUAUUGCUUCAAAUGAUGAUUUUGUUUGGUGUUUGCAGUUUAUAUCAAAGAUUGAAAAGUUUUUCCAUGUUCACAAAAAAGAGUCAAGGUCAAAUUUGGAUUCCAUUGAAAAAAUAUUAGAAAAUUUUUUGGAGGUAGGUGUUGAUAGAGCUGCCAAAACAAAUCGGUUUGCAGAUUCUAAAAUACAGUUUUGGCAAAAUCUUCUGUCAGUGGAGUGGUUUGAUGAACAGUUCGGAGUGUCCUGGAAAAGCAGAAUCAAAGAAAUCAUUGCUACAUCUAUCACUAAAGAAUGGAAAACUAAAUCUUUGGAAUUUAUGGAAUAUUUUGCCAAUAAACUUGGGAAACGAAACCUGCAAACAGAUUUGGAAGAAUGUUUUAAUAACAUGGCUUUCAUUUGUGCCCAAAACAUACUGGCUGACAGUCAAAAAAAAAAUACUGGCGUCCUUACUCGAAUGUUUGCAAACAUUAUUCAGAGUUCAUCAAAAAAAAAUAAUGACAGAAUAUUCAAAAUAUUUGAGAAAGUGUUCACAAAGGAGUUUCAGAAUCAAAGUGGAAAUAGCUUGACCUCCACUCUCACCUCCAUUUUUGACUGGUCGUUUUCACUCCAGUUUUACCAGCUUUUCUAUAAGAAUGAUGCUAUGAAAUAUUUUCAACAAGACACACAAGAAAAAAUAAAAAAAAUCGCUGAUUGUUUUGAAGAAUCAAUGAAUUUGUUGAAGUCAGCUAACAUUCAUGUCAAAGAUCUGGAGUUGAUUGUCAAACAUAAAGACAAAUAUAUCCUAUUAUAUUCUGCUAUAAAAUUAUCAACUGAUGAUGAAAGUACCCCAGUUGAUGGUGUGUCACAAGGUGUUAGGUCUUCUAUUGCUAAAUGUGAAAUGUACUUGGAAGCUUUCAAAAAAUGCAAAUGUGUUGUAAAGGAUUUCGUGGACAUAUGUGAUGCUCUUAGCAAUGAAUCUAAUUGGAUCGAUUGUGAUAAACUAAUAACACAAGUGAAAAAGAAUGUGCAAAAUUAUAAAGUUCAGGCUUUGAUAGCACAUGUAACUGAUGAAUCACAAGAUAUGAAUGCUGAUGAAUUUUUUGGAAUAUCUUCUGAAGAAUACAAAAAGUUUUGCACAAUAUCAUUUCUAAAAAAGAGCAGAAUAUCUCUUCAAAUGAUGAGUGCCAAGUUACAGAAAAAAGAUAUUUCUGAGUGGCAUUGGCAAAACUUUCUUGAACUGUGGACAGGAAUUAAAUCAGAAAUUUUAGAAUUUGCCCAGACUGUUGAUUCAGGAACUUGUAAUUUGGAAGAUGUCAUAGAUCAUUUUAGUCUGUCUCAUGGGAAUGAAGAAAAAAUACACUUUGAAGCAAAGCUUUUGUAUGAGUUUUUUCAGAAUCAACUAAUUGCGACUUCCAAAAGGCCAGACGUAGUACCAGGUGAAGAAAUGCAAACUAUAGAUGAUCAAGAAAACAAUAACUCAGAAAGUUUUGAAAAUGGGUUAUCGAUGGCAGUUCAUACAUUUAAACUGAAAAAUCUUGAAGAAAGAGUGGAACAAAUUAUCAACACGUUUAAGCAGAGUAAGGCAGAAAGGGCAAUUGAUGUGCUUCUUCACCUCAAAGACAGAUUUGACCUUCAAGGACAUUUCCAAAGUAUUGAAGACAGGCAGAAAAUGUUGGCUGAUCAAGAAUCAGUUUUGCUAAAGGAUGUUCCAGUCAGUUUAGAGAUUCCACAAGUUUGUAAAAUUUCUUCGGAAAAUUUGGAAGUGUUGAGUGCAUUUUUGAAAGAAGAUGAUCUCAUUAAUUGGCUUCAACAAAAAAUGAAUGACAUCAAUGAGGUUAAAGUGAUGUGUGACCUUGCAAUGAUAUUAGCUGGUGAAAACCCAAUGGAAGUUGAUCGUGUUUCAAACUUACUUGGAGCAGUGAUGGGUUUUGCGCCUCUUAUUUUUUGGCCAAAAAAUCUUUUAACAAAUUUGGAUAAUGCAAACGUUGAUGGAGAGUUGGAGCAAACUAUUCAAGAUGUGGAAAUUAAAGAAGUUGAAACAAAAACAGGCCUAAACGAUCUAUUGGAAAAAUGCAAUCAAGUGUGGAGCAACUAUAAAGGCGAUAAGGAUAUCCUAACAAAAUGGAAAGUCACAAGUGAACAACUUUCCUGGUUUAAAGAACUGGAGCAGUUUCACGGUUCAGUUGAAAAGUUGUCACUUAUCAGAACUCAAGAAAUCAAUGAACGAGGAGUUUAUACAAUUGAGAAAAAAGAUGUCACUGCUCUUCCGAAUGUAGAAAAUUGUUUGAAUUUGGUUGUUCCGGGAAAAGAUGCAACAGACUCAGAUCAAAUCCUCAGCCUUGGAGAACUCUGUGAGUUACAGUCAAAAUUAAUGUUGAUUGCCGGAGAGGCAGAAAAAGGUCAGCGUGAUGUCAACAUAUUUGUAGAAAACUUGACUUCCAUCCAGAAAUUAACAGAAGUAUAUGUGAAAUUACUUGAAUCUGGAUGCAUGCUAUUCAAUGAGUGGUGUCUCACAGUCAGAUGUCUGAGUGAAUCGAGCAAUAUCACAAACUCUAUUAAAAUUGACAUCAAAUUUACUUCUGAUACUCCAUUGAUAUCUUCUGUUGGAACUCACACAGAUUUGGACAAACUUGCUGGAAUAUUAUCAGAAUCUUUGCAAGGAUGGAUCGAUUAUGUUUCAAAAAAACGAAUGGACUUCUACUACCUGAAUGAAUACAGUAUCCAGCAAAUACUUCAUCUAUGCAGACAACUUUGUAUAUUCAAGCAAACAAAACAUUUGCCUGCACAGGUUUUUGCUCUUCUGUCGUUUGUGCGAAAAGAUUUCACUCCAGAAGAUUUAGUAGAAUGUUUAAAAAAUUUAACUGAGACCAUAGAUGAUUCACAAAUGAAAGUCGACAUUGAAGCUGGUGCAAUGGAACUGGAAUCAGAAGAUGACAAUCUGCUUGGUGAUGAAUCAGAGGAUGAGAAUUUAUCUGAUGAUGAAUCAGAGGAUGGGAAUCUAUCCGAGGAUGAAUCAGUUGAUGAAAACGAACUGAUAGAACAUCAGCAAGUAUCCCAAACUGAAUUGAAGAAACGUCUUGAAACUGUUAGGAGUUUAGUACGUGAUGGGAUUGAGGAAAAUCUAGCUAAAGCUGCUGUUCAAUCAGAAGGAUGCGAUGAUUUGUCAAAAUUACAAUUUUGGGCUCUUUAUCAUGAUGGAGAAGAUGAUUUAAUUCAAGGGCUUUGUUCAACUUUUAACGAUGCCAUUGAAUUAAAUCAAGAAGAAAGUUUAGAACUUCAAAUGCUGGCAUCAGCUUUAAGUACAAGUGGAAAUACUUUGUUGGGAGUGAUCGGCAGAUUACGAGAAAAUAUUAUAUCAACUGUUGGAAGUAAUUUUUUGGAUUCUGUCAACACUAUAUGCAAUGGCUAUUUGGACGAAGCUAUUGGAAUCGAUUUAGAGGACUACCUAAGUAUUGAACAACUUGGCAAAUGCUUACACAAUUUGAGCCAGGAAGGUCAAUCUCAUCGUCAACUAAUUCCUGGAUUAAGACAUGGCCAGCCCAAUCUUCUAGUUUGCAAUGAAGAAGAUAUUCUCCCUACAGUGCUAUCGUUGUACAUGAAUAACAUUGAUCAACCUUUACCUGGGAGAUCAGAAGUUGUUAUAUGCAAUGAGGAAACAACUACUGAUGAAGUUGAAAGAUUUUUUCGAAGAGCAAUGUGUUCUUGUCAGGAUAAUAAUCAGCAUUUGUUCACUUUGGCUUUUGCUGAUAAAUUGAAAUUGGAAGUUUCAACAGCGGUAGAAGAAAUAUUUCGGAAAUUGUCAUCUUGUAACGAAGAAAAACUUAAUAAAAAGUAUCAACUUGUAAUUGUAACAAGCAGUCAAAAGCAUUAUCUCUCAACUUGUUUUGACAAGUAUCUUGCUGAUGGUAAGUGGAGUGCUUCAAUGAGUGAAAUACAAGAUUAUUUGAAAAUGCAUCUUGAAAAUAAGAAAACACAAAUGAAAAAACAUGACAAAACUGGACUGGACAAUUUUCUUGUAAAAGUUGUAAUGUCGGAUAGAUCUGGAGUUGGAAAAUCAUUAUAUAUAAAACGAGUUAAAGAAAAGCUCGAAGAUUCUGUGAAAAAUAAACUUCAUUCUACUACAAUACGUUUACUUGAGAACAAACUGGACUCUGACUACAUUAUUAAAAAAUUGAAUGAAAUAAACAGGCAUAAUGAAACUCAGAAAGACAGUGUUUCAUUGAUUCACAUUGACUUGACACCUGCUGUUCAACAUGGGAUAAAAUCUUUCGCAUUCAAUCUUUUUGUUCUUGGAAGUAUCCAAGGUAGUCGAGGACAAGUGUGGAAAACACAUCCGAAUCAUUUAUACUUUAUUGAAAUGACAGAUUUUGGCUCAACUGGAAAAAAAAAAUUUUCGAAUCAACAUAUAUUGAAUAUGUUGCCCUAUGUGAAAUGUUUUUCUCCGCAAGAGAUAUUGAAUGGAUGCAAUAAAAAUUUUGAUGAACAAAUUGGUGUGGAUGUCGAAGAAUUUUCAUCUGAAACAUUUCAAAGGCCAUAUCAAUAUCUACUGAGACAUGAUAACAAACAGGAUCUGGAUCUUUUUGCCUAUUCUACACCAGAAGGGAACCAAGAUAACUGCAUUAAAGUCUUACUACGUCACUGCUGCAUGCAAAAUCCAUCUUGGGCUCAACUUCGGCACUUCUGUAGCUUUCUCAACGUUCAGCUACAAAAUUGUGAAAAAUCUGUGUUUUGCACCAGUCCAGCUAUAAAACAAGAUUUGAACGGAUUGAAAGAAUUUGCUGUAAAGUUUAUGAUAAGAAUGGCCCAGGAUUUUGCAACCCCGUCUUUAAAAAUUUCAGACAGCAGCAUCUCUGAUAAUCAUCGUCAAGGAUUUCAGGCACAUCAAAUUCGAAGAAAGUGGGAGGAAUCAACUCACCCUUAUGUGUUCUUUAAUGAUGAUCGUAAAACCUUGACUUUCAUCAAUGUAAAAAUUAACAAAGAGGGUCAUUUACUUGAUGACAAAGGCCAAAUAACGAAGCACAACAUUGCAACUCCAGGAUUGGUCCAAGCCCUUAAACUCCAAGGAAUGGAUUUGGAAAAAGAUUUUGAUAGUUAUUCUAGGCAAGAAAAGUUGAUUCGUUUGCGACGUGUGUUGGGCGUAGAAGAUGACUAUGACCAGUAUGACCCUGAUCCAAGCUAUGAACUCACAACUGAUAACGUCCUAAAAAUUCUUGCAAUUUAUAUGAGAUUUCGCUGCCAAAUCCCUGUGAUCAUCAUGGGUGAAACUGGAUGUGGCAAGACAAGAUUAGUUGAGUUUAUGAGUAAAUUAAAAGCUGGUAGACCAAAGGCCAAUACUAUUGAGAAAGUUCAAAAUAUGAUUACUCUGAAAAUUCAUGGUGGAAUAACUGUUGAUGAUAUUCAUGAAAGUGUCAAAAAUGCUGAAGAGGCUGAAGUUAUGAAUAGGGAAAAGCACAAUCUGACAACAACAUUAUUUUAUGAUGAAGCAAAUACAACAGAAGCAAUUUAUGCAAUCAAGGAAGUUAUGUGUGAUCUUAGUAUUGGCGGAAAGUCUUUUGAAGACUCAAGAUUGCAACUUGUUGCUGCAUGCAAUCCUUAUAAAAAACUUUCACAAGAAGCCAUUAAGAAAUUGGAGGAUUCUGGACUUGGAUAUCGAAUUCAUACAAGUGAAACUGCUCAUUUAUUUGGCAAUAUCCCAGUUCGUACACUGGUAUACAGAGUUGUUGCAUUGCCUCCAAGCAUGCAACCAUUUGUAUGGGACUUCGGGCAGUUGAAUGAUCAUGCAGAAAAAAUUUAUAUAGAGCAGAUGACGAAAAAACUUGCAACUGAUCUUAAGUUGAAUGAGAAAACAAUUUCGAUCAUUAACCUUGUGCUUUCACAAUCACAAAGAUUCAUGAGGACAAGAAAAGAUGAGUGCAGGUAA